ACGACUAUCGCUCGCGCCGUCGCUCACGCUCACGGUCGCGUUCACGGUCUCGAAACCGAGAGAGACAUCCUUACCGCUACCGCUCUCGCUCUCGCUCUUAUUCUCGUUCGCGCUCCCGCUCGCGUUCACCGUCGAGAUCGCGCGAUGCACAUGCGUACAGCGCGCGUAUGCCUCCCUCACACUUUUCAAAAUCAUCGUCUCUCUCAACUUCUUCCUCCGCGCCUUCGACGGAUUCUACCCGAUCCUCUCCUCCCGAUCGUGCAUCCACAAAACCAUCCCGCAUUCCUCGCUCGCCAUCCCCACCUCCUCCUCCCGCUGAACCUUCACCGCCCCCUCCACCCCCACCAGAACCCGUCAAAGACUCCACCCCACCUCCACCACCCCCGACCUCGGUUCUUGACAUGCUCGGCAAGGCAUACAUGAUCGAAUACGAUCCUGAUCUCGACAAGACAAAGUCGCGCGGAAAAGCUCCCAUAUAUCGGUCAAAGGAAGCAGCAAAAGCCGCAGGCCCGCUCUCGGACCCGCGUCUGCGACUCGACCCAUAUCCCAAGUCGGCAGCCCCGAAGCGAAAGGCUCAACGGACUGUGCUCGGUAUUCUUCGAUACUCCUACGACGCUCAUUCGGUGGGCCCCAAGCCCGCGUCGCAGAUCCUCGUGUCUGGGUUCUCGAGACUGACUGUCGAAAACACCGUCGCGCUGCAAUUCAACAAGUAUGGCGAUCUCGAGCGCGUGGCUAUGCAGAAGGACCCGAUUACUGGUGCGUCGCUCGGCAUGUGCCUCAUCAGAUUUAAAAACAAGUCAAUCAUUACCAAGAACAACAAGAAAUCGGUCGACCUGAUGUCUGGCCACCAAGCCGCGAAGAAAGCCGUGACCGAUGCGGCGCGGGGGAAUAUCAAGGUCGGCAUCGAUACUGUCAAAGCAGAGUACGACGAAGAAGGCAAGGUUGUCGAGAAACGGAUCCGCGAGUUGCAGGAAGAGCAAGAACGUAUCGCCAGAGAGGCCGAGGCCAAACGAAAAGAAGAACAGCAGCAUGCUCGACCACCGCCGCCGCCGGUGUCCGCUAGCAAAUCCAUCGAGGAAGCCGGUCGUGCUCGCUCAAAGUCGCCUGACCGGUACCAGCAGACGCCGUCGAGACCGCGCGAGAGUCUUUUCGACAUCAUCGGACGUCGACCAUAUCUCUUCAUCUCCGAUCGCCACGUUCCGGUUUCUCGAGUGUACGUCCAAGACAUCAAAGAGUAUCUCCGCGACUACGAAUGGGCGAAUGUUUACGUCGUGCGCCAUGAUGUUCCGCUGAAGAUUGAGAGUCCGCACGAGUUUCAUCCCAAGCAGCGCGAAUUGGCGGGUUUCUACGUCGUCUUUGAUGACUUUGACGAGGCCAGGAUGUGUUUUCGCCAUAUGGAUGGACGAAUGAUGGAUCGGAUGAGAUGGCGGGUCAACAUGUCGUUGCAUAUGCCGGUUGAAGCUAGCAGUCAGAAGCAGCCAAAGCCUGGUAACGAGCGCGAUGAUGUGUUGGAUAGCGCUGAAAAGCCGACAAAGACAGAAAAGAUGAACCCGGUGAAGGAAGCGACGGGAAUGAUUCUGAAAGAGCUUCGCGAGAUGCUGCGGAAAGAUAUCAGAGCCCGAAUUGUUCCCGUCAUCUACAAGAUUCUGGAUCCCGCCAACUUGCCAGCUUCCCAGCCAGCGCCGCCAAACGAUCUGUCGACCGCGACAACGGUUGUUUCUUCGUCUAUCAAAACGGAAGACUACUCCUCCUCCUCUGUCUCUAUCAGCGAGUCCAAGUCCAGAGCAGACAUCGUCGAGCAACAAUCGGACGAGCUCGACCCCUCAACGUUCAACGUGCGGCAGUUCUCUGGGAAACUUCCCAAUCUUCCGAGGUUCAAACGACGCAACGAUGCUUCUUCGACUUCUAAUUCUGCGCUCAAGGCUGCCAUCAAGAGCAAGAAGAUGGCAGCGGACAAGAAGCAGAAGAAGAAAUUGGACGCGAUCAGGGCUAGACCGAUGACGCACCAUCUCAACGACUAUUCCUCCGGCGACGACGGCGACGACGAAGACGACAAGCUCAAGGUCGAGGAGGAAGAGGAAGAGGAAGAUGAGGAUGCUCGUCUGAAAUCAAAGUCAGCUAUCACUUCGAAGGAUGAGGACACGUCGAUGCCGGAUCUGGAGGAUGAUUUGCUGGGGAUGACCAGCUCCGAGCCGGCGAAGAAGAAGCGGAAGAUUGCGAGCAAGUCUAAAGUGCAGAAGGGCAAGAAAUUGGUCAAGAUCGACUUCACGACGUCUGAAGAGGAUGACGACGAAGACGAAGCUGAGGCCACUGCGACUGCAAGUGGGAAAGCUGAGGAUACGAGCGAGGGAGUUGCUGAGCAGCUUCCGACUCCUUCUGAAGAGGAAGACGAGGAGUAUGCUCUUUUCCGGUCUACGAGAACUGACGACAGCUACUGGAACCCGACUCCCCAGAUCGUGCAGAGUCAUGUCGAGACUGACAAAGUGUUUGAUCUCGAUGGUGUUCAGCAUGUUGUUCGCGACUCUGAAGAUUUCAAGUUCUUACAAGCCGCGCUCAAGUCAAUCAAUCCCGAUCCUGAACUCGGCAACGCGCAGUAUUGGGCAUGGCGGCAGAAGGAAGCCAAGGCGAACUUUUACGGUGACGCUGCUGAUACUGCUCAUCGCGGCAUGACGAAGAAACUGUUCCGACACGAAGAUGAGUUUGAACAGUCGAAUUUGACCGGCAGCGCCAGAACUGAGGGAUAUUACCGGAUUCCGGAGGCGGACAAGACUGAAUAUCUUGAGCACCGCAAGCGCUUGCGAAAGAAAAAGCAUGCGGUUGUGGAUCAUGCCGAGGACGGCGAAUCUGUUGAUGCUGUGAAUGGUAGCAGUUCUUUGCCUGCCGGAACGCCGGUUGAUGAUGAUCAGGAUGUGGAUGCGGACGGUGAACGCGCGCAGCCAGAUACGGGCGGUACUGAAAAGGACAAUAUCUCUUCUCGCUCGCACCGGAUCAACAACCGCAAACUGGCGAUCGACAUCAAUCUCCAAAAACAGAUUUUCAGCGCGACGACGGACGCCGCGGCAGACGUGCUGCGGUUCAACAUGCUCAAGAAGCGCAAGAAACCUGUACGGUUUGCGCGGUCUGCGAUUCAUAAUUGGGGCUUGUACGCUAUGGAGAGUAUUGCGGCGAACGACAUGAUUAUCGAGUAUGUUGGCGAGGUCGUUAGACAGCAGGUGGCUGACAUGCGCGAGCGACGGUACUUACGGAACGGAAUCGGAAGUAGUUAUCUCUUCCGUAUUGAUGAAAGCACCGUGGUCGACGCUACAAAGCGGGGAGGAAUCGCACGAUUCAUCAAUCACUGCUGUACGCCUAGCUGUACGGCCAAGAUCAUUAAGGUCGAGGGGCAGAAGCGUAUUGUCAUCUAUGCACUGAGAGACAUCUAUGCGAACGAGGAAUUGACGUACGACUACAAGUUUGAGCGCGAAGUGAACUCGGACGAGCGAAUUCCCUGCCUCUGUGGCUCUGCUGGUUGCAAAGGCUUUCUCAACUAGACCGCUGUUCUAUCAUCAUCCAUUUUCCUUAUUUUUUUCCUAUUUAAUUUUAUGCUUGUAUCAGUUUGUGCAUCGUGCGUUUGGGUGAGAGCUAAUGAUUUUCACUAUUUAUUUUUCUGUAUGGUCUAUUUACUUGUUUAUUUUCUUUCCUUGCUGCUAUCUUUUUUCUUUUUCCUAAUUAUUACGACCUUUGUACAAUAUUUGUUUGACUAGUGACUUUUUUCUGGUCUUGUGCGCGCCAGAACAAAGUGAUGAAUGUGUUUUGAUAUUUUUAGGCAGUUUUUUGUAUGAUACAUAUUAUGUGAUUUGGUAGCCAAAGAGAAUUAUUCUAUAUUUCUUUGAGAGAAGCC